AUGGCGGCCACGUUAUCUGACGGUGAGUUGUGGGUGAGCUUUGGGUUCGAACCAGAGAACCCAGAAGAGGAAGCGAUCAUCGGAGUUCCUAUGAAGGUGCGUCGCAGCCUAUUGUCGUCCCACGAAUCCGCAAAAGCCAUAAUACCCUUGCUGCUCUGCUGCACGACCCUGCCGGAGCAAUUUCACCGUUGUCCUGAAUUCAUCAGAUACGUAUCGGAGUAUGUUCGUUCAUUGCAUACUCACGUGCGCCAUUUGUACGUCUACGGCCACGUGGCUUGGGAUGACAUAGACCCAAGUGAGAGUCUUUGGUUUUACAGAUUGUCGGCGGAGGAUCCGAGUAGCACCGGAGACGGCGACAGAGAGGGCUACAAGGUGGUUAUGAUGCCACACCGGCGGUCAGCAUCGGCAGUACAAGCGGUAAAGCACGUGAAGCUCGAAGAAGCUUCGGAGUGUGCCAUUUGCUUACAGGACCUUCUGGUUGGGGCUGAAGCUGCCAAGUUGCCAUGCUCGCACGUCUACCAUGGCGGCUGCAUUGUUCAGUGGCUUGAUCGGAGUAACCAGUGUCCCUUGUGUCGUUUCCAGGUUGUCUAA